AUGAGGAGAGGUAAAAGAGUGAUAAAAAAGCUAGAGGAUAAGAUAAAAAGACAAGUGACUUUCUCAAAGAGAAGGAAGAGUCUAAUGAAGAAGGCACAUGAACUCUCUGUUCUCUGUGAUGUCCCCAUUGGUCUCAUCAUCUUCUCCCAAACCUCCAAGCUCUACCAUUUCUGCUCCCACACCACCAGCAUGGAGAAUCUCAUCAUGAGAUAUCAAAUGGCAAAAGAAGGUCAUGCCCCUGCAGACCACAGUUUCCACCCAGGUCAGGGAUCAAAUUGGGAGGAGACGAAGGAAUCAAUGAUGAAAGAGAUAGAGAAUCUUAAAAUGAAUCUUCAACUGUACGAUGGACAUGGCUUGAGCCUCUUAAACUACGACGAACUCCUUCGUUUCGAGCAUCAACUCGAAUGUUCUCUCCAAAAGGCUCGAGCUCGUAAGUUUGACUUGGAGCUCCAGCAUCAGCAUCAGCAUCAGCAUCAGCAUCAGCAUCAGCAGCAACAAACGAACGAGCCUAAGCCUAUGGGAAAGGGAAAGGGACAAGGAAGCGCUUGGGAGCAUCUGAUGUGGCAAGCAGAGACACAGAUGAUGACGUGUCAAAGGGAAGAAGAUAAUGACGUCAUGCGCCGGCAAGUGAAGAAGGAGUUCCCUUUCUACGGUGAUGAACAACCCACCGGCGUUCUUCAGCUCCUCCGCACUCUGCCGCCAUUGCCCUCAAACCAAGGCCCAAGCCCAGGCCCAUGA